AGUAGUGCGAUUGCUUUUGUCUGUCUGAUUUCUGUGAAUGGAGCACUGGCUGACAUUGGACUCAAAAUCUAUGUAAAAAAAUCACUGCCAUGCUACCAAUUUUGCAAUGCAGUCUUUAGAAGCUCACAGCUAGCCUGCAAGGAAGCUAGCUAGGAGAGAAUCAACAACGGUGGAUGUCACAAGUCAUUGAUUUGAUGGUGUCCAGCUAGAGCUAGCUACAGCUAUGUCUGUGACCUCUCUCCUGCGAAGUGCCAUGAGAGUGGGGAACAGACAUGUUGCAACACAUUUGGUCCAUCAGAGAGCUCUUUCAGGGGCAGAUGCUAUCAAUGCACUGAGACCUUUCUACUUUGCAGUGCAUCCAGACUUCUUUGGCCAGCAUCCCAGGGAAAGGGAAGUGAAUGAGAAUUCCCUCAAGAGACUCAAUGGUUAUUUGGAAAACCUUCAGAAACCGGGAACCCGCUCAGUCCAACCAACAAAGCUCACCUUUUAUGUCAGGGAAAUAAAGGGGAAGGAAGGCAUUCAGAAGGACAUCUUUCCUCCUGGGUUCCGUUCAGUCAGCUUCACUCUGCAGACCAAGGAUGUCCUGACCACCGUAAUGGACGUGUUGAAGUCCUGCAGUCUGUCCACAGAGCACAUGAAGGGACUCAAGGCCAGCUCAGAGUCACCCAAGAGCCAGCAGCCGGUGGCUGGGCAUGGGAACCCUUUCUACAGGCCCAUCAAAUGGGACAAAAGCUACUACAGCUUCACUGGCUUCAGAGACCCAGAGCAGGAGCUGGAGCAGGCCAAGAAAGUAGAGCCCACACUAAGCUUGUGGCUGAGAAACCAUGAGAAGGAGGCUACGAAGAAGCAGAACGCCAGUGUCCCUCGACGGGAGGAGCUGAAGAGACUCAAGAAGGAAUUGUGUCAGAAAUUUGCCUUGGAAGAUAUCAGGUGGCAUCGCAGCUGGGGAGUGACUCACAGAUGCUGUCAGCUCCAGAGUCUGAGCCGUCUCUCCCAGCAGAACCCUGAGGCUGUGCUCAACCUGCGAGGACACACUAUAAUAUUCACUGACCAAUCAGGGAUGAAUGCCUCGGGUCACGUGAUGCUGGGAACAAUGGAUGUUCAUCACCAAUGGACAAAACUGUUUGUGAGUCUCCCCAGCUACCGUAGCCUGCUCCAGCAGACAGAGUGGCUGAAGGAGAGGAUCAGCCAUGUGUUGGGAGGUAUUCAGGUAAUUAACAUAGAGAGACUGGGACCUGUACAGCCUAUAGAGGAACACUGCAGCAUCCUCAACACCUUCCAUAAGAGACUACUGUCCCGACGCCUAGCCCUGCAUCCCAGGAGCCUGCAAGGCCUGGCCAUGACCCUGGAGAAUGACCGCUCCAGCCCCAGCCUGCAUGAGAUGGGUCACUUCGUCAUCCCAGCCACCUGUGAGCCUAGCAGACUACAGACUUUCCUCCAGAGCAUGGCCUGGGAGGCCCGACAACGAAUCAAACACAGGAACCAGCGAGCUCUGUGUGUGACUCUGACCUGUGUCCGUCCCCAGGCUGCAGGCGGAGGAGGAGGAGGUACUGCUCCACUGCCUGGAGGGUCUGGCCCUGAGGAAUCUGUCCAAGGAGCCCAGUGUCAGACACAACCAGAUGAUCCCCUGCUGCAGGCGGUUGCUGGAGGAACGCUCCCCACUCAUGGAGGGCCUCCGGGUGGAGGUCUCCCACUUCUACUCUGUGUUGCAGGACGGGGACUUGUGCAUCCCCUGGGACUGGAAGGGCUGAGGGCACAGGGACAGGGGACAUGCUGCAGCACGCCUGGUUGAACCAGACUGAAUGUUGUGCUCACCAUGUCUACCACCAGGCUACACUGCAGCUGCCACACAGAGAAACAAACCAACCAACUCUCACAAGGUCAACCACGUUAUCCUUCUACUGGAGAGCACAGAUAAACAGACAUACUCUUUUCACACUAUCGUGCUGAACCAGGGCCCGGUUUCCCAAAAGCAUCUGAAGGCUGAGUUCAUAGUUAGAACCUUUGUAGGAGCAUCGUUAGAUCUCUGAACUGUUUUCCAAAGCCGUCCUUACUAAAGUUGCACUUGAAAACGCGUGUUAUUUACCGCCUGCCUCAGAUCACUCCUAGAACAGCUAGUGUUAUUUUUCCCUUCCACUAAACAUAGAAUCAAGAUGCUUAUCUGUCUCUCUGUGACCGCUGAUAACUUCACAAUGAUGUUGACUACAAAUAUAAAGUUGCCAAUGUCUAUGCAAUUAUUAGAAACAACCAAAGGAUAAAAUUAUGCUUAAAUGAAAACCUAUAUGACUGCAUUCAGAUAUGAAUAGCCUUCCUACCUACAGUAUAGUCUACAUAGGCCUAUAUUUCAAAUAGUUGUAUUUAUCUAUUUGGCUACCGUCUGUAAUUUAUGCCUCUAUAUUUCAUGAUGUGUAAAAUCAUGAUUUAGUGCAUUUAUUAUAGGGUAAGCAUUAGAAUAAGCCGUCUCAAUAUUUGCAGUCGUACUAGCUGAUCUGUCGUCAGUAUUGUGGAAUAAUUAUAAUUUUAAGGUAAGAUAUUAAUGAAGAAAACUGACCCGAGAGCAGUGAUCCGUUUCUUUCAAUCUUGUCAGUAUCGACACACUUAGUGGACGUUCUGUCUGCGUGGCGGUAUAUCUUCGGCCGUUGUAGGAAAGAUGAAUCGUUAAAACACUCGUAAGCCUAAAUUCCAUUCCAUCGAUAUCGGGAAACCAGGCCCAGUACUGUGUUGGCUUGGAUACGUUCUUUUCAUAAUGUCCUUUCCAGCACGUUCCCGUAACUAUAGGAUGCGUGACCAGACUAGCGCAGCUCAGCUUGAUUUAGUAGUCUGAAAAGAUUUGGUCAGAGCAGGCUGGUGCAAUAGUUAGUUUGUAUUAACCAACAAGAAGGUCUAGUAUCUUGAAGUCAGUCAGUGUUCAGGAGGGUGUGCGAGUGAAGAAACUAACACAGGUAAUAGUAUGAAUAUUUUCAUUAGGGGUGUAUGAGGGAAAACAAUAAGAUGUUCGUUAAUGUAGUACAGUAGCGCUUUUUAUUGAUUGUGUUAUUUUAAUGAAUAUGUUGGAGUAUUAUUUCCGAGACCAUCAACGAAGACAACAAUAGCACUUAUUCAAAUCUAUUACACUUGACUUUAAACUGUACAGAAACACACUUUGCUGUCACAAAAGAAGAGCUAAGAGAAGAAAUGGCUCGGUAUUACAAACUGUCUCAUACGAUGAUCGGACGGGAGACGUCCUAUACUGCUGCAGUGUUUAAACUCUCCACUAGAUGGAGUGCUCUCACUAAACUCAGUAUGGGGUUCAUUGGUUUUUGUAAUGAUGUAAAUUCUUCUGAGUGAGAUUUGAUGUUCUCGUGUUUCUCAGACUAGGAUUGUGGAUUUAGGAUCAGUUUGACCUUUUAGAUCACAAUAAAAAAACAUUACAUGGACAGGGGAGACCUGAUUUCUAGAUCUGAUGUUUUUGAUACGUAGAACCUAUGGUCAGUGGUCUACUGUAGGUUGACCUCGACUGAAAUGGACAACUGCUACUAGAAGAAGCGCUAUAGUACUGGAAGUGGAUCCCACCGCAUUGAUGCAGCUCUCGGGCAACGGGACAGUCAAAUGGAAUGGAGACUUUAUACUGCAAGAUCAAGUAAUACUAACUGUAUUUUGCAUCAGUUACCUGACUAGCUAGAAUACUGUUGAGACAACUGGGAACAAUAAUGCUUAAUAUGUUUAUUUUUACCUCUUGUUAAAUUUAACACAACCAAGACCACAGAAUAAAGACCUGAUCAAAUAAAGUGAGUGAUUUCAAGCGUUGGGAGAAGAUGGAUAAUUUAUUUCAUCUAAUAUAAUUUAGAGAUGCUAAAUGACGAAUGAAAAAUGUGUAUGACUAUUGCUGGAUUAACACUAUUAUCAACAUU